AUGGCCGAAGUCGCCGCGAUUUGGGCCAUUGUAACCAAUUCCAUCAAUGCAAUAAACACGGUGAAAGGCUGGAUCCAAGAGCUUCGGAGAUUGCAAAAACAAGUCCAACACCUUGAACAGAAGUUGGACGAGCUCAUGCUCAAAUACCAGAGCAGCCAGGCCACUCUGGAAGCAUGGGCAGAGAUGUGGGAGAUUAAUGAGAAUACCAACAAGAAUUAUCCGCGCGGACUCUGGGGUAAAACCGCAAGUGAGGUGAUUGAAAACCACCUCAAGUCGAUUUCAAACCGACACCAGAAUAUACAGGAGCUUUUAGGCUUGACUUCCAAAGAAAAGCCGAUCAACCCGGAAGAGUCUGCCGACUCGAAAACAGGAUUCAGCAGAUUGUUCAAAAAAAAAAAAACUUCCAAAGGAAAUUGCCUUAGCUCGCUGGAUAUGGUCAUGAAUAAAGUACCCAACGUGCUUGACGAAUUUGAAUCUAUCAAAACACUAAUGGCAACGGUGAAAGAGCUGUCUGAAGAAGCAUUUAAGCAUAAACAUCAAAAGGUAAUGCUUUCGGAACAGUCGCGGAAGACUCUGACUCAAGCAAGGAAUACUAUGUUCCUGAAUGCCGUCUAUAACUCCAGGAUCCCGUGCAAAGCAUUUUAUGAUUCUUGCUACGAUGCAAAGAAGAGAUUCAAGUCCUCAGACGUGCAUCUGGAAAUGGACAUAUACCCACAAGAUCUUGAUCCCAACAAUCCGAGAACCGUCUAUGAGUUGCAAUACUUCCUCUAUUUCCAGGUGCACACCAAUAUUGAGGAAUAUACGGUUGCAGGACCUCUAUCCGAGGAUGCAGUUUCUGGUCCGAACUCAAGCAAUCUUUAUACAGCCUGCAUGAAAACUCGAAACAGCUUCACCAGGCAGCUUUUCAAAGUUGGUGAGACUUGGUUCGGUUCCACGGUACCCAGGGACUCAGAUCGAGUAAUCCCACGCGAGCCGGAUGCCCGAAAAGACAAGUUGAAGCCUCUCGAAUCAAUCCUGUACGACCUGAGCACCAAAAUUGCUGAUCAGCCGGUUGUUAAAUUCCCCCUAUCGGAGCGGAUUCGCUUCGCCUUUAAGAUAGCACAGUGGGGUUUCUUCUUGUGCGGCACGUCCUGGAUGGUUAAUCUACGACUAAGGAAUAUUCGGUCUAUCCGAGAUAGCACAAGUAUGCGUCAUUUCCUUUUAGAAACACCAGCUUCUCAGAUCGUCCUCGCCGAUGCUCGGAACGAGAGAAAGGAGCACAAUCGCCAGUUUGCGGAGCAUGCAUUUUCGAUUGGCAUCCUGCUUCUCGAGAUUGGCACCGGCAGAGAGUUAGAAAGGGUUGGUAAUGACAAACACACAGGUUUUACCUUCUUUUUCUGCCUGCCCGGGAUGACCAAAGCUCCAACAGCCAAACCCAAGACAAUUAUUGAAAUUUCUGGGAUACUCAAGGAAGCCUUCGGCGACGAGUAUGUGAAAGCAGUGAAAACGUGUCUGCAUUGUAAAGACAGCUGGAUAUGGGAUGCGAACAAAGAGUCUCUAAACCCAGAAGACCUCUACAAUCAGAUGCUGGACGAAUACUAUGUCGAUGUGUACUUACCGUAA